GUGAAGUCAAUCUUCCAUUCUAUUUCCACUUUUCUCUUUGUUUGUGAAACAAGUCCAAAAAGGCUACACAACAUUAUUAGAGCCUCCAUUACCAAAGUUCCUUUUUUGACCCUUUCUUCUCACUUCCAAGAUCCUUCUUAUCAAAACCCAAAUCAUCAAAAGUUGAAAAAAAGCCUUGAAUGUUUUUGCAUCUGAAAAAGGCUUAACCUUUUAUCAUAGGAAGGGUGAUUUUGUUGAUGGGUGCUUGCUGGAGUAAUAGGGUUAAGUCUGUGAGUCCUUCAAACACAGGGUUUACUUCUAGAAGUGUUAGCAGAAGUGGCCAUGACAUCAGCUCAACUAGCAGGAACUCGUCAGCGUCGAUAUCGGUUGCUUCUCGAAGUGAGGGUGAGAUAUUGCAAUCUUCGAAUUUGAAAAGCUUCAGCUACAAUGAGGUGAGAGCUGCCACGAGGAAUUUCCGGCCGGAUAGUGUCUUGGGGGAGGGUGGUUUUGGUUCGGUUUUUAAGGGAUGGAUUGAUGAACAUUCACAUGCUGCAACCAAACCUGGAUUGGGGAUUAUUGUUGCUGUGAAGAGGCUUAAUCAAGAGGGCUUUCAGGGUCACAGAGAAUGGUUGGCCGAAAUCAAUUAUCUCGGGCAACUUCAGCAUCCUAAUCUUGUCAAACUAAUAGGAUACUGCUUUGAGGACGAACACCGGCUUCUGGUUUACGAGUUUAUGCCGAAGGGAAGCAUGGAGAAUCAUCUUUUUAGACGUGGUUCUUAUUUUCAACCAUUCUCUUGGAGUUUGCGAAUGAAAAUAGCUCUCGGGGCUGCUAAAGGUCUCGCUUUCCUCCAUAGUACAGAACCUAAAGUCAUAUACCGUGACUUCAAAACUUCGAAUAUACUACUGGAUUCUAACUAUGAUGCCAAACUUUCUGAUUUUGGAUUGGCAAGAGAUGGGCCAACUGGUGAUAAAAGUCACGUCUCUACUCGGGUCAUGGGAACCCGUGGUUAUGCCGCACCCGAGUAUCUAGCAACAGGCCAUCUUACUGCGAAGAGUGAUGUAUAUAGUUUUGGAGUAGUUCUUCUCGAAAUGAUAUCAGGAAGACGAGCCAUAGACAAGAACCUACCAUCCGGAGAACACAACCUAGUCGAAUGGGCCAAGCCUUACCUAUCCAACAAACGCAGAGUUUUUCGCGUGAUGGAUCCACGUCUCGAAGGUCAAUAUUCACAUAGCAAAGCUCAUGCCGCAGCUGCCCUUGCUUCACAAUGUCUAUCAAUAGAACCUAGAAUCAGGCCCAAUAUGGACGAGGUCGUGAAAACAUUGGAGCAGCUUCAAGAACCAAAAGACACACAUAAGAAAGGUUCCGAUCACCGCGUCCGCAAUACCGGCCUCGGCCACAACGCUUCCGGCAAAGGUAAUGCAGAUGCUUCUAGAAAGGCUUCUGCUUAUCCUAGACCUUCUGCUUCUCUCCUUAAUGCUUGAGAGAUUUUGUGACGCGGCGUAAGCGAAAAAAAGUUCAAAGGCUUAGGUGUUGUACUAUGAAUGAACCAUAUUUAUGUGAGCAAUGUAUAGUUUUUGUUUUGUAUGUUUGUAUUUUGAGGCACAUUAGAAAAUUCAGUUCUAUUGAUCCUUAAGUUGUUUAUUGCGUUUGAACCAUGAUGUAUGUAUAAAACUGCAGCAAGCAUUAUCUAUGUGGAUGAUGUUCUA